AUGUUGUGUUAUAUUUUUUUUAAUAAUACAUCAGUACCAACAAUUUACAGCAAAACAAAAAUCACUGAUGCUUUUCCUGAAGGCUUACCUUACAUUAAACCAAAGUCUUUAGCCACCUCUUCUGGUUUGAAAUGGCAAUAUCAACUAGAUCCAUAUUUGAAAGACACCUUACAAGAACAAACUGAAAAGCAUCAUUUCCAUUUCUGUAAUGAAAAUGGCACCAGCUUUUCUAGGGGUGAUGAGUCAAUUGGUAUUUUAGCUGUUGGAAUUCGAAUGUUUUGGCAACUUUUUCCUGAUUUUGAGGAUUUAGAUGUUUUAUUCUUACUUAUGAUUGUUGAUGGCCUGCAGAAUUUCGUGACAACACUAGAUGAUGGGCUUAACCAAGAUUCUGCAUUUUACCAGACUCUAAUAGAAAUUGGAAAUCUUGCAUUGAUAAUUUCUCUUCAACCUCCAACUACCCUUCAGAAUGACAUUGUUAUACCAGUUUUUCAACAGGACAAUCACAUCAUUAAAUUGCUUGUGGAUGAUUGUGGAGGACAUGGAAGAGCUCUUGAAGUGCUUGCAGAAACAUUGAAAGAUAAAAAUAUCAAUGAAUGCAACAUUGAUAAUUUGAUGCAUCAUUUAUGUUCUAAUAUUAUUUAUCAUUAUGAAGAUGCUUUCAAUAUAACUGCUUUAGAAAUACAGACUAUGGACAAUUAA